GUUUAAGAUGCAAUUGAAAUAUUUACAGGAUGAAUCAGAUAUUUUUAUUUGUAAUGCAGUGAGUGGCGCUUUGGGUGACGGUCGCCACAGCGAUUACUGGACUAGGCAAUGCAAUGCGUGGGCCCCGAUCGGAGCAUGAAAAUCAGAUCUGACUGUGCCUAAGCCGGCUGAUCUCAUAAUCAGAGAACUCAUCUCAUGCUCAAACCUCACCUCGACGCUCAUUUCAACCAAACAAUUCACAUAUAGAAACGGCAUCUAGUGACAGAGAAAAGGAGACAGAAGAGUAAAAAAGCCGAAAUCACCAGGACAAUGUCCCUCACAAACGGCUCCCCCGAGGCCGCCGCCACGGCCGCCAAAACCGCCUCCUUCACCCUCGCCUCACUCCCGGCAUCAGCCCGCAACGAGGCUCUCGAGGCCAUCCACGCGGCUCUGACGGCUUCCAAGGACGAGAUAUUGGCGGCUAAUGCGCGCGAUCUGGAGCUUGCGCGGAAGGCGGCGGCAGAUGGACAGCUGUCGCAGGCGCUUGUGUCGAGGCUGGAUCUGGGGAAGAAGGGCAAGUGGGAGGAUAUGCUGCAGGGGAUAUUGGAUGUGAGAGACUUGGAAGAUCCAGUCGGCAAGGUACAGCUGCGGACAAAGCUCGAUGACGGCCUCAUUCUCGAGCGGGUAUCAUGCCCCAUUGGCGUCCUCCUCAUCAUCUUUGAGGCACGUCCCGAGGUUAUUGCCAAUAUUGCCAGUCUGGCGAUCAAAUCCGGCAAUGCUGCUAUUCUCAAGGAUAACUUACUCAUAUAUCAUCUCGCAACAGGAGGCAAGGAAUCCACAGAAUCCUUCAUUGCCAUCUCACAAGUCAUCUCCUCCGCCCUCUCCACAACUCAGGUCCCCAACUCGGCCAUCCAGCUCGUUACAACUCGCGAUGUCAUUCUCCAGCUUCUAAGCCAGGACCGGAGCAUCGACCUGGUCAUUCCCCGUGGAUCCAACGAUCUUGUUCGCUACAUCAAGGAAAACACAAAGAUUCCCGUCCUGGGUCAUGCCGACGGUCUCUGCAGCAUCUAUCUCACUGCCACGGCAGACAAGGAGAAAUCUGCCAUCGCCAUCGUCGACUCCAAGACGAGCUACCCUGCUGCUUGCAACAGUUUGGAGACGCUGCUUGUCCAGGACAAAGCCCUCGACACCAUCUGGCCCGACGUGGCUUUUGCCCUGGCUUUGAAAGGCGUAACACUCCGCCUCGAUGAACCUAGCAAAGCUGCCCUCUCAUCGACUACGCUCCCAGAUGGCACUGUUCUGGAUGCUACUCCCGAGGACUACGACACGGAACACCUCAAUCUCACCUUGGCCGUCAAGACCGUAUCCACCGUGGAGGAAGCCAUUGCCCACAUCAACACUCACGGCUCCCACCACACAGACUCCAUCUUCACCUCGAACGAGGCCGAGGCCGAGCACUUUAUGAACCAAGUGGACUCGGCCGGCGUAUACUGGAACGCCUCAACGCGACUGGCGGACGGCAUGCGCUACGGCUUCGGAACAGAAGUCGGAAUCAGCACCAACAAGAUCCACUCGCGUGGACCGGUGGGCCUGGACGGGCUCACGAUUUACAAAUACAAGAUUCGGGGAGAUUACCAGCCAACGACUGGAUACGGCGAGGGCGAGGGACAGAGGCCAUGGAAGCACGAGAAGCUGUCUUUCUAA